AAUGGACCUGCGCAGGACUCUACCACUACCACCCACACCCUCAGCAAACACCCCCUCAUGGAAACAUCCCUCAGCAAACCUCACACAUAAGCCAGCUAAAUGCAUACAAAAUACAUAUUUAUUAUAACUCAAUCAAUAAGCCCACAGAGCAGCAAACAAAUCGUGACGCAGUGACUGCGCUACAGCCCUGAAAGCGCUCCCCGCUUUUAGUUUUAAAAUAUACCACGUGAUGACGACGUCUUUCAUCACAUGCGAGUGACGUCACCGGCGGCCUAAUCGUCACUUGGAACUUGCAGCGACCGAGUCUGCAUUAACUGUUUUUCUUCCGGGAGCUGUACUGCUGGUUGGGAGGGAAUUCUGCCCCAUGUCCUUUAGCAAAUGCUUCAUGGAUCCUGCACUCAUCUUGUGACUGUAGUUGAAACCUCUGCUGAUGGUCCUCAGGGAUCUACUCUGCAGAUCUCCAUUAGACCAGGAUGAGUUAGCUCAAUUUUUCUUUUUUUCUGAUGCUUCAAUCUGGAAUUUGCUUUCCAUCGCACAGGCAGGCCCUGUGUUAUGUGCCAGCUUCGUUUCAUAGCUGCAAAGCACCUAUACCAUGAGGUGUAGAAUAUACAAAAGAAAAGUGAUCAUUCUCACAUUGGUGGUGGUUGCUUGUGGCUUGGCUUUAUGGAGUAGUGGACGUCAAAAGAAAAAUGGUUUUGUUCAAGAAGUGGAAAUUGACAGAUUUCAAAACAAGGGGCACAUCUCCCCGGCAGCUAGAAAAUGGUCCAAUGAAUCCCUCUCAAACAAAGAGCAGAAGACAAAGGUAGAUAAUAUGACGCUGGUUUACAGAUCAGUUGUGUUCCAGUGGAAUUUCGACCAAGCCAUAAGAAAUGUAGACAAAAUAAACAGGCCUCAGGAUGAUGUGGUUGUGGUAGUCCAGGUGCACAACAGGCCUGAAUUUCUGAGACGUCUCUUGGACUCAUUAGGAAAAUCAAAGGGUAUUGAGAAUGUGCUUUUGGUUUUUAGCCACGAUUACUGGUCCCCGGAAAUUAACCAGAUCAUCGCGAGUGUUCAUUUUUGUCAAGUCUUACAGAUUUUUUUCCCCUUCAGUAUUCAGCUUUAUCCCAACGAAUUUCCUGGACAUGACCCUAAAGAUUGCCCAAGAGACAUACAGAAAAAAGAUGCCGUUCAACUGGGCUGUAUCAAUGCAGGAUAUCCAGACUCUUUUGGACAUUACAGAGAGGCUAAAUUCUCCCAAACAAAACAUCACUGGUGGUGGAAAUUGCAGUUUGUGUGGGAUAAGUUAAAGGUAUUGAAAGAGCAUAAUGGACUGGUCUUGUUCAUUGAAGAGGAUCACUACUUGUCUCCAGAUUUUUAUCACAUCCUUAAAAAAAUGUGGAACAAGAAAAACGAAGAGUGCCCUGACUGUGAUGUGCUAUGUCUUGGAACAUACGCUCAUGUAUCAUUCGCUGACAAAGCCGAUAAAGUGGAAGUGAAAACGUGGAGAUCCACCGAGCAUAACAUGGGAAUGGCUAUGAACAAGGAAACUUACAAAACACUUACAGCUUGUUCUGAAACCUUCUGCACUUACGAUGACUACAACUGGGAUUGGAGCCUUCAGUAUUUAACUGUUAAUUGUCUUCCUAAAUUCUGGAAAGUUAUGGUCCCUGAGGUUCCCAGAAUUUACCAUAUAGGAGACUGUGGUCUGCACCAUAAUAAGCCUUGUAGACCAACUACAGAAAGUGCCAAACUCGAGGCUUUGUUUACAAGCAGUCAACGAGAUUUGUUUCCUGAGAACAUAGCUAUUAGCAGGAGGUAUACAAUGGCUGCUUUAUCACCCCAUGUUAAAAAUGGAGGCUGGGGUGAUAUAAGAGACCAUGAAUUAUGUAAAAGUUAUCAUCGGUUACAGUGAAACUGAAUCUUUUUAAGUUUGUAAUACUGCAUACUGUCUUUGCUAUUCUCUGGAUUUUAUCAUAAAUUGAGCAAUCGUACAACGAUUGUCAUAAUAGUCGAUGCAUUACAUUGUGUGAAACCUCUUAUGAAAGGCUGUUUUUGUUCAUUGUUUCUUACUUAUGAAGAAUCAAGCAAUGUGCAUUAUGUUUAUCAAAUUCAUUUAGAAAAUAAAUGAUUUCAUUAUCUGAA